AUGCUUAUAGCCUGCGCUAUAUGGAUCACCUAUAAACACAAUUAUAUAGUUUCAAAACUUACGCAAGCACACAAUCUAGACUUUUUGACAAAACUAAUUGCUUAUAUACAUAACAUUGCCCUGAUCAUUUUACAAUUAUCAAUAAAAUAUAAAAGCUGGUGCUGUAAUAAAAAUCUUGUGGAAAUUUUGCAAUUUAUUAACAAACUGGAUAAUCAAAUGCUGAGCAAAUUCCCCCAUAUGCUAAAGCCUCAAAUGCUGCGAAAACGUUUAUUCUUAACCACUGAACCCAAUAGAAGAGUAAGUUUAGCUAGAAUCUAUUCAAAAACUUUGAAACAAAAUCAAAUUGAUUUAAUGGAAAUAUGGACUUUAGCUAAUAAACUGGAGCAAUAUUUUGCAUGGCCUAUUUUACUAUUAUUCUUUUACAAUGGUAUUGAUAUAUUGACAACCACAAGCUGGGCCUAUGUGCAAUAUGUAUAUGAGACAAGAUUGAUAUAUCAAAUAUUUCGUUUAACUUUCAUUGGUGUGCUUUUGAGCAACAUGUUGUUACUAAGUUAUUUAGCACAAAAAUGUAUAAAUGAGUAUAAAAAAUUUUCUCAAUUAUUGAACAACUUCCAACUGUAUCCUCAUGAUAAAGAAAUUAUCUUAAACGUUAGAGAAUAUUCAUUACAAUUGAUGCAUCAACGUUUGAAAUUCUCCUGCAGUGGGUAUAUGAAUAUUGAUCUUAAGAGAUGUGGUAAAGUAAGAGAAUUAAGUUUUAAAAAUUUUGCAGUUUUAGAUAUUGCAAAUUGCAUUUUUUUACUUUAG